AGCCAGCUUCUCCUUGGGCCCUGCGACCCACCCCGAUGGCCCUGCCGGCCCCUGCCAGCUCUGUCCCUGUGGCGCUGCUGGCCCUCGCUGUCUUGGGGUCGUCCGCCUGGGCCUGUCUUCUUUGCUUCUCCACCUUCACCGAGCGCCUCGGCGUCUGCCGGAUAUUCACGGGGGUGCAGGGCCCUGGGCGGGAGAAGUGCCAGAAGGCCUUUGCAGCCGCCUUCAGUGGCCUCGAGGACUCCGAAAUCAACUACGAUGAGAGAAGCCACCUGCAUGACUCCUUUUCCCAGAUGAUCCACUCCCUCCAGGAGGCGGCCACCGCCCAGGGUUCCUAUGAGGUCGCCUUCCGUGAUGCUGCAGAGAAAAUGAAGGAGGUCAUUGCACGGCUCAAAGGAGUCCAGGCCUGCAUCCCUCCCUGCGGACUCCAGGAGGUCGCGCGGCGCUUCCACUGCCGCGGCUGCUUCUCCACGGUCUGCGACCUCCCGCUGGACUGCCCAGGUGAGGGGAGGGCCUGCAAGGGCGAGGGCCCUGACCUGCGGCCAGGCCUGGGAUGUGACCUGGAGCCCGCACCCCCAGUGCAGGAUGUGACGGUAACUCGGGGCGAUCAGGCCCUGUUUUCCUGCGCCGUGAACUUCCCGCUGCCAGAGGAGAUCACCUACUCCUGGAAGUUCGCAGGUGCUCUCCGGACACAGGAUACGUCCUACUUCCGAAAUGUGCCGCGGGCCCACGGAUACGUGGCGCGGAUCCGGCCGGUGCAGCCCAGGCACCGCGGGACCUUCUCAUGCGUGAUCAAGCACGACCAGCGCCUCCUAGCGCGCCUCUACUUCUUUCUUAACGUGACGGGCCCGCCCCCGCGCGGGGAGACCGAGCUCCAGAUCGCGUUCCGAGAGGUGCUGCGCUGGGCGCCACGGGACGCGGAGCUGAUCGAGCCCUGGGAGCCGAGCCUGGGCGCGCUGCUGGCCAGGCCCGACGCCUUGACCCGGGGCCUGAUCGCGGCGGCUGCGGCCGUUGCGUCCGCAACUGCGACCUUGCUAGUGUGGAUGUUCUUCCGAUGGUACGUCAGCGGCAACUAACAAAAGUAUCUUUCUUUCUCCUUUAUCCUGUUUCCAACCCUAAAAUAAAGAAUACCUUUCAGCCCUG